GUGUGGGGGGAGGCACGAGCCGGGGCGAUGUCGGCGGGCGGCGCCGUCCUGCGUGGGGCGUCACCCGCGCGGCCGCCGGCGGUAACGCGGGGCGGCCACGAGCUGGGGCCGCGCUAGCCCUGCGUGACGUGGUUGUGUCGGGCAGCGCCGCGGGCCGCCCCGCCCCGCCCCGCCCCGCCGCCGGGAAGUUGAAACGACCGGCGAUUACCGGCGCCCGUGCCCCGCCUUGGGCCCGGUGUCUCACAGAGACAAAAAGUACUUCUGGGGCCUCCUCGUCUCCCUGCUGCUGCUGCUGCGAAGUGCUGGGAAGCGCCCUAGAGCAGAUCAUGCAGCAAAAGAGCCCGUGGAGGAUACAGAUCCAAGCACUCUUUCCCUAACGAUGACUGAAAAAUAUCCUGUCCAAGACACAGGAUUACCUAAAGAUGAGGAGUACCUAACAGAUCAAGUUACGUUGGAAAUUGCGUCUGUGAACAUAAAGACCCUUACGUCAGAUUCUGGCCUAAUCCAACAGCCAGAAGACAAAGACACGCAAAACCAUACUGAUGAAUCACUUUCAGAUCUCAAGAAAACCUGCAAGGAAAAUGGCACCUGCUCCUUGUGCUUAUUCCGUGCACCAACCAUCAGUGAUAUGCUCAAUGAUGAGGACUUGUUGUACACAGUGAGGCUAAAGCUGGAUCCCUGCCACCCAACAGUGAAAAACUGGAGAAAUUUAGCAAGCAAGUGGGGGAUGACUUACGAUGAAUUGUGUUUCCUUGAGCAGAAGCCCCAAAGUCCCACCUUGGAAUUCUUGCUACGGAAUAGUGACCGGACUGUGGAGCAGCUGAUUGAUCUCUGUAAAUUUUAUAAGAGAAUCGAUGUUGUGAAAGUGCUGCUGAAAUGGGUGGAGGAGGAAUGGCCCAAGAGAGGGAACAGAACUUACCAGAAUGACUUGUAGGUGAAAGUAAGUUGUUAGUCCAUAUGUGUUAAACUCUGGGACUAGCUGCCACUAGUACAUGGGAAGUUUCCCUUGCAAGAGAGAGAGCCUGUACUGACGGUUUGUAUACUCUGUAAGCUUUAUGUACUGUAUACACAUAUAUGUAUGUUCUGUGCCCUCAGGGUUGCAACAAUAACCUUCCAAAAGUGGAUGGAAAGACGCAGAUUGUGUUCUUGAGUCUAUAAAUGCCUUCAGUUUCUUUGCUGCUGCUCAUGGGCUUCCUAAGCAGAAGAGGCACAAAAAAGCCAGACCGCUGGUUUUACUGCAGCAGUUGUGAACCAUGCCAGUGGUGUGCUGUUGCUCUUGGGAAAGCCACAAUUAGAAGGCAAGUCUCUUAUCCUUUCUGGCAGCCCUUACACAGUUUUAUAUGUUCUACCUGGUAGAAGGUGAGGAUUAGGUGUUAUUUUUUUCUUCCCUGCCCCCCCCCUUUUUUUUUUUUUUUUUUUUAAGCAUUUAACACUGGUUUUGGCACAGGAACGCCUCAGUGUUGCAAGCAGCAGUUUGGAUUUUCAUGUUACAAUUAAUUCAAUGUUUCAGCAUCACAUUGAGGCAAAUUAAGCUUCAAAUCUCUUUUAUAAACAAGAAUAGAUGUUAAACAAAAUUAUUUUCAUACUAUUAUGUCAUAGGGCAUAUAUUUAGUAUAGAAGAAAUCAUGCAAUUCAGAGGGACUUUCCAGCCCAUAACCACUAAGGACCAAAAAAACCAAUGAAAAUGCUUUAUACUUAAAAUUACUUUCCAAAGUUUUUAAGACAGUGUAUACUCUGAGUGCACUUAUCUGUUUAUCUCAGAUGCGUCUUUCUUUGCAGUGUGAGGUGAUGGCUAAUGCCUCACCCACAAUAUAUCCUUAGUAUUGAGUAUAACUUCCCUUUUCACAGGCUGUGGUUUUCUUUACAGUCAUGUGGGUUGACCUGCUUUGUGUCACACACCAAAGUAGUUGCACACCUGUGUGAAACUAGCACAAGUUUAUGUAUUGAUUAAAACCACUCUAAUGGGAGAUGAUUUAAUCUACAGUCCAGGUGGGUGGUUAUUGAAGCACUUAUGGUUGUUUAGACUGGUGUUUCUCAAAGAAUUUUGAUACUCUGAAUUACACUGUUUACACUUUAAGUAUUUUAGAAAUUGAUCUUUUUUCUACCAUUCUUCUGUGUUACAAUGUUUUAAAAAAACUCCUGAAAAAUCAGUUAUACAAUAUGAUGUAUAAAGUACUUAUAGCAAUAAUACCACACACAAAGACAUUGUAACUUAAAAAUACUUCUGGUUGUUACCCUUCCUAAAAGCAUCUCAAACAAUACUAAUAUGUACAUAGGUGUAUAUACCAAAACACUGGUGAACAGUAUGUCAAGAUAUGGGGCAAAACUAGAAUGGGUUACAGCUUGAUGCACUGUUUAUUUUUCUCAAGUAGAAAUAUCUAAGAAUUAGUAGCAAAGCUGAGGUAAGUCUAAUGCUGUAUACUGCGUUUCUUACUGUAAGAGAAUGAAAAGGAACCUCUAGUAAUACUAUACUAUAGUGAUAUUGUUACAGAGGAGCUAGAAGUAAAGACUAACAUUUUCAAUGUCAGGCACUAGUGACUGGAAGACUGGAAUUUUUAAUAACUUUUUUUUUUUUUUUUUUUAAAAAACCCAAACAUUCCUUAAAAAAGCUGCUACUCCUUAGACCAGUAAGUUUUCUAGCCAUGUUUUAGAGAGGAAAGAGUACUGCUGUAUCUUGUCAGGGCUACAGUUCAAAUGUUUAAUGUUGCUCUUCUAGAAACGGGUUUCUUGAUUUCUGUCAACUAACUUUUGCAAAAAAUCUGUCUUUAGUUAGGAGCUCUAGAAUCAGCUCUGGGGACUACUGUUGUGGCUGGGCUGCCUGCUAUUUUCAGUUCUUACAGAGGCAUCUGUUGCAUACGUACAAAUAGGUCAUUAUGCAGCUUGUCCAACAUAAUCCCCAUACCUUGGUCCUACUGUAUGCAUGAUUUAGGAUCAUGUGUGUCUGUGUGUUAAGUUGUUGUUCUGAGUGAUGAGUGCUGGCAUGUAUGUCAACAGCUUUUGUCUUCCAUAACAUACCACAGCUGUAGGUGUGUGGUAUUUUAGUAUGGUCUGCUUUGAUAGAUCCAGUCCAGCAAGGAGCUGGAGCCCUCACCAAAGACUCACAAUGGGAAUAUGAAAUGAUUCAGCAGCAGCAUUUCUGAAUCAAGAUGUUCAACUGAAAUCUACCCCUUUUCCUCUUUUCUGACUAAAACUUAUAAAAUUUUGAAGAAACACUGUUGUCUUGUGGAAGUGAGUUCUGAUCCCUUGAAGAUCUUAAAAAGUCAAUGUCAGCUGCAAGGAUUCAUGUCUGAUGGAAAUAAAGCUGCUUCUGAGUUCAUUGAUGGAUUCUGUAUAAACUCAGCACUGAAGGUUGAAAAUGUUGGCCUUAAACUUCAUCACACACUGGAUUACUUAUUAGUAUACUUGAAAUAUUUUUUUUUCCUUUUUGUAUGGCAUGAAUUGAGAUGUAUACACUUUUUCUAGUUUUGUAUCUGUUUAUAAGAUAUUGGGUCCGAGUGUUCGGUUUAUUCUUCUAUCUUCUGUUAUAAUGUAUACUCUUUUUAGAAGAAAUACAGAUUGUCAGUGUUUGA